AUUCAUGUCCCUGUCAGAACAACCUUCAAGCUUUCUCCAACCUGAAUGCCUCCACUUCUAUAUCCUCUCCGCCGUACUCUCCGCCCUCCAUUUCUCUUUCACCACCACCACCAAAUGGCGCGUGUUCUCUCGCGCGCCUCCCCCCUUCCCUGCCCCUCACCUCCAUCCGCCGCCUUCGUCUCCAAUCUGAGCUUCUCUAAUUCUUCGAUCCCUUUCCAAAUCUCUUCUCCUUCACCGAAAUCUUCUAUAUUCGGUGCGGCGUUUCGUCUCGUGUGCCGAGAAAAUGAGCGGUUUUCGAAACGGUUUGGCCGGAUUUUGGCUUCGCAGAGGGGGUACCGGAAGCUGCGGCGGCGGCCGGCCAAGAGUAAGGCAAAGGAGUUGGAGCUCGGCGUCAAGAUUUGCAUCGAAGAAGAACUGCCUGACGAUCCUGAAAUUUUGAAUAUUGCAGAGAUGCUUCGUCUAGAUGUUCCAAUAGCAAUGAAGUUAGCAUUUGAAGGUCUAAAAGAUUCAGAGUAUAAAACAAGAGAUACUACAAUAAGUGAUCUUGGUGGGUUUGAAAAUGUUGAGUUGUCUGUACUUCUUUGCAAUGAUGAGUUCAUUCGCAAACUCAACAAAGAAUGGAGGGACGAGGACCAUGCCACUGAUGUUCUGUCCAUGUCACAACAUAUACCUGAACUUAAGCUUCCAAUUCUUAUGUUAGGGGACAUUGUAAUCUCUGUUGAGACUGCUGCAAGACAAGCAGAAGAAAGAGGUCAUACCCUUCUUGAUGAGAUACGCAUUCUCAUGGUCCAUGGGUUGUUGCAUCUUUUGGGAUUUGAUCACGAGAUUAGUGAUGAGGCUGAAGUGGAAAUGGAAAAGGAGGAAGAACUUCUUUUGAAGAGUCUUGGGUGGAAGGGGAAAGGUUUGAUUCAGAGUGCAUAUGAUGCUGAAACUGAUGGCAAUUCUCAUACAGAAAAUUCAGAUGACAGGAAAAAAGAAGGUAGUCUACGAUUCUAUAAACCAAAGUUCAGCUAUAUCUUCUGUGAUGUGGAUGGUACAAUGCUGAACAGCAAAAGUCAAAUUACUGCAACUACCGCGAAAGCCUUGAAGGAGGCCUUGUCAAGGGGUGUUAAAGUGGUAGUAGCUACUGGAAAAGCUCGUCCUGCUGUGAUAACUGCAUUAAAGGCAGUAGAUUUAGUUGGAAAAGAUGGAGUUAUUUCAGAGUUCUCCCCUGGGGUUUUCAUACAGGGACUGCUUGUUUAUGGUAGACAAGGUCGGAAAAUUUUUAAAAGGAAUUUAGAUCCAGAUGUCUGCAGAGAGGCAUUUCAUUACUCUUGCAAGAGUGAAGUUCCUCUUGUUGCAUUCAGUGAGGAUCGUUUAUUGACACUAUUUGAUCACCCUCUUGUUGAGUCACUUCACACUGUAUAUCAUGAGCCAAAGGCAGAGAUCAUGCCUUCAGUUGAACACCUCUUGGCCAUUGCUGAAAUACAGAAAGUGCUUUUCUUAGACACUGCUGAGGGAGUGGCUACUGCUCUGCGGCCAUACUGGUCAGAAGCAGUUGGAGGUCGUGCUAAUGUUGUCCAAUCACAGGCAGACAUGCUUGAAAUCGUCCCCCCAGGAACCUCAAAAGGAAUUGGAGUAAGAAUGCUACUUGAUCAUUUGAAUGUGCCAGCACAGGAGGUAAUGGCUAUUGGUGAUGGAGAAAAUGACAUUGAAAUGCUUGAAUUAGCUUCUCUAGGCAUUGCUCUCAGUAAUGGUUCGGAGAAGACAAAAGCUGUGGCUAAUGUGAUUGGUCCCAGCAAUGACGAAGAUGGUGUAGCUGAUGCUAUCUACCGGUAUGCAUUCUGAGGUUCAAGCACCGAGCAAUUGGAAUGGACUUGCAUCGCUUGGUAUCCAUGUCAUGAGAUGCAAUCUGCUGUUGUUAUUGUUUGUUUAUCAUUAUUUUUCUUUGAAACGAAUGAUUCUUUAUGAGCUUGGCAGAUACGGAAAAAAAAAAAAAGGGAGAGAGAGAAGCUUUGCCUUUCCCCUUGCUUAGUGAAAAUUGUGAUUCAGUCCUCAUUUUACAAAUCCUGUCAAUAAUUUAGACACACUCUUAUUCAAUGUGACCCUAUUUCAACAAUUUAGAAAAGGAGAAACAAGGAAAUUAAGACAUCUUGAAUAUAGAGUUACGAAUUAUUUGAGUUUU